CACCUGAGCUGAACUUCCGGAGAGUUUCACAACAACAACAACAACAGAGGAAGAAGAAGAAAAAGACGAAGAAGAAGAGGAAGAAGAAGAAGAAGAAGAAGAAACGCGGAGGGAUUAGAUCAAAUCAGCACGAUCCCUCUGACAGACAGACACCCAGAACCCUUCAGGAAGAUGGAGGACAGUGGGAAGACGACGAUGAGACGGACUGAGGGAGAGGAGGAGGUGGUGAGGUCCGCCGUGAUGGAGCCCAGCACCCUGCAGUGGCCUGGAGACAGACAAACAGGUGGACAGACAGGUAAAGGUGACAGGAUGAGCGCGAGGUCAGAUAUUUCUCUCCGUGAGGCAGUGAGUUGGACAGAAAGCGAAAGAGAGCUGAUGGCCGAGGGGGAGAGGAGGGAAGGAGCAGGUGAAGAGGAGGGGGUGGGGCUAAUGACACAACUGGAGGAGGAGGAGGAGCCUGUGGAGAACCACCUGCCAGAGAAAGCAGCUCAGGUGUUCAGUCCAGCAGUGACUGUCCUCCACUCCCCCUCCUCACCCAGAGAGAGUGAGGCAUUCUGGGAGAUGGAGUCAGAGAAGAGCCCCUUCCUGGGUCCCAGAGGAGUACCCCAGGACUAUAACCAUCAUGGCUACCCGUACGAGUGGACGGAGGACACACCGCCUGCCACAUGUGGGUGGGGCUGUCCCAGCAGGGACAUCCUGAAGGUGGGCGUUUCACUGAUGACAUCAGCACUCUUCUUCCCCUUCCUGGUGUGGGGGGGGUUUGUCUUCCUGCCGUUUGACGCCCCCCUGCUGGACGGCGCCCCCCUCAGACUUGUUUACACGCUGCGCUGCUCUGUGUUUGCUGCCGCCCCCAUCGUCCUCGGUUGGCUGGUUCUGGGUGUCAGUCGGCUCAGGUCAGGUAUGAUUCAGCCUCUGUUUGAUGACAAGGUGAAGGAGGGGGAGCUUCAGGAGGUCACCAUCCACCGGCACUUUGUCUCUGACUCCGCCUCCCUGUUCCUGAUCUACUUCCUGCAUCUGGUCGUCAUGGCAAUGUACCUGAGCCAGGAGCAGCUGAAGCUCAUCCCUCUGCUGACUGUUGUCUUCGCUUUCGGAAGGCUGGUUUACUGGGUGGCCGCGGCUUUCGGCAGCAGCGUUCGUGGUUUCGGUUUCGGCCUCUCCUUCCUACCGAGUCUCGCCAUGAUGGCCGCCAACAUCUACUUCAUCUUCACGGUGGACGCAGCGGGGUCCAUCUUCAGCCUCCCGCCUCCUGCUGAGGAGGUGUUGGCCCCACCGGCCGGCAAACAGAGGUUCUGGGGAUGAGAACUGAUCAGUGGUCAAUACCUUCCUUAUAAUAUUUCUGACAAACUUAGUUUUAUAAAACUUGUAAAAGUUUUUUGUUUGUUUAGUUUUUUUUAGUUUUGUAAAGUAGUUUGUUGAAAUAUUUAGCUGUUGAACUACUUCCUGUGGACUCAGUCUGUGUUUCUGUUGGUCCAUCUUAUUUUGUAAAAUCAGUUUUUUGAUCAUUAAAUAUUUGUUGCCAUUAAAAAACUUAAGUUUGUUUUUAUUUUUAUAGUUUUACAGUUUCACAAUAGAAGCAUGGAAUUUAUCUUCACUUUGUUUUAUGUUGAUUUCAUUUUUAUCUUUUUGAAACAAAUUCAAGCGUAAAAAAUAUAAUUUUACAGUUUAACUCUGUUACAAAGUAUCAAUAAUUAUCAGUGAUUAUCAAUAAUUACACAGUUUGCUCAUUAGGGAUGUUUCCCUGAACAUGUCUGUGUAUGUGAUAGUGAUCUGAUCAGUCUGUAUUAAUUAUCGAUCACUCUGUAUUGAUUAUUGAUCAGUCUGUAUUGAUUAUUGAUCAGUCUAUUGGUCGAUCUGUUCUACAGUCGCAUGAAGCUGUUGCUGAUUUUCCGGUUGAACCGGUCGGGCGACUGUCAGCACUGAACAAAAAUUGCAAACAGGAAGUGUAGUCUGACAUCAAAAUAAAAUCUUCAAGAUUAUAAGUUAAAGGGUUUGAUGAGAUUUAAUGUGAAGUGUUCUCUGCUCUUAAAAUAUCCUUUAGUCUUUUACUCUGUUAAAUAUCUAAUUAACUGAUAAUAUUAAUCCUGUUUUUAUUUCAAUAAUUAUAAUCAUAUGUUUUUAUUAUUAGGAUCAAAUCAAUGUUUUUGUGGUAAACAGCUUGUCUAGAUCAUUUAUUCAUUUAUUUUGGUGUUAAUAAUUUCACUUUGACAGAUCAAAUUAUCCAAUCAAAGCUGCGAUGAACAACGUCAUCACCUGCUGAAGCUUCAUUAAUGUUAUUAGUGUCACCUGACUUUUACCUGCUAUGAGAGAAAGUAGGACAGGUGAGUGAGUGAAGACAGUAAGGAGUUCAUACAGGAGGCGAUCAGUCGGAAACAGAAAACAAAGAAAUCUCACCUGGGUCUGUUUUACUAAACAUGAACGAUGACAGCUAA